UCAAACCCACAAAGUUGGGACAAAGGCCGGAACCCUAGCAGCGUGCGCGGGGCGGAGCCCGCUGGUCGCUGAGGGCGUCACUUCCGGGAUCCGCCACGCGGAACCACUUCCGGGGGAGCGGCCGGGCGGCGCGGGAGGGGCCCCAGGCUUUGAAGGUGGCUCCCAGAGAAAGCAGAAGCUACGUGAAAGUGGACAGCCUGCCAGCACGGGCGUGUGACCUUCCCAAGUGUCCAGCCACCUCAGUUUGGACCAGCUGUAUUUCAACUCUCGAGAACCGCAUGUGGCUCAUGGCCACCAUAUUGGACAGCUCAGAUUUAGCAGGAAAUUGCAUUGUGGCACAGAUCUCUGAAAACACAGAGGGCUUUGAAGUCAGAAGUUGGCUCUGGAGAGUGGUGAAUCAGAGGAGACCACAGGCAGCAGGUGGCCGAGGCCAUGGCCUCUGACCUGGACUUCUCACCUCCCGAGGUGCCUGAGCCUACUUUCCUGGAGAACCUGCUACGGUACGGACUCUUCCUGGGGGCCAUCUUCCAGCUCAUCUGUGUGCUGGCUAUCAUCGUACCUGUUCCCAAGUCCCACGAGGUGGAGGCAGAGCCCUCUGAGCCCAGAAGCGCGGAGGUGACGAGGAAACCCAAGGCUGUUGCUCUUUCCGCCAGCAAGAGGCCCAAGAAGGAGUCCAAGAAGAAGCGGUAGAAGAGGCCUGCAGAGCUAGGCGGCCGGGACAGCAGCCUUCCGGGGCAGCCCUCCUGGGACUCAACGUCCUGUUCCCUCAGUCGUCCCAGGGUCAGGGCUGAAGUGGCUGGGCCGCUCUCUGACCACAGAGAUCUGGACAAUCAUGACAGUCCCCAGGCCCCAGCUGGGCAGCCCACCACUUCCUCUUCCUUCUGCUCCUGUGACCGUGCAGAGCCAAAGGGACUAAAACACCCUGUAUGCAGAGGCUGGGUAAGAAGUCUGUUUGUUCAGAAGUUGGGUCAGCUCAGAGUGACAUUUCCAUACUUCAUCAUUGUGUCCAGCCUUCAGGCCCCCACUUGUGGAUUCACACUACAUUUUAGAGUCGUGAUCUCAGGCUGACGAGCACCGCCCCUCCCGUUCCGCGAGCACCGCAGACCUGCUCAUCAGCCACCUUUGUCCCUGCUGUACGGAUGGAGCCAGGCCAGGCCUGCCCUGUGUGUUUAGGUCAAGACGCCAUGGCCACUGUGCUGUAGGUGGUCCCUCAGGCACAACGGCCAGGCCCGAUGCUGGUGGGAGAGUCUGUGGGAGAGCCGGCCAGGGUCAUGCCUGGUUCUCCUCUGGCAGAUGGAAGGGAUUUGGCUGUAUGACUGCAUGUUCUUGGGCCCAGACUUUCUUAGCCUCUGAAAUGGGGGGCUUGUCCGUCUCAGACCAACCACUUUUCAGCCCACCAUGACACAUUCAGCCUUUUGGCUUCCAUCCGUACACCUCCCCUCUCCCCACCAGUUCCUUUAGCCCCAGAACAGCGAGGAAAAGUUCAUCUGGGCAAGUAAACGUCAAUAAACUGCCUCACAUGCUGAACCUUCUGUGCACUACCUGCUGCUGAGGGAGAAGGGGAGUCUGGGGCCCUGCCUUGGGUGUGGGGAAGGGGCUCAGCCCCAGAGAAGUGGGAGAGUAGGGCUGAGGAUGGUCAGAGCAGCGCUGCAGGCUGAGCCAUUCCGGGACAGGUUUCAGGAAGGGUCCAGCCAACUGCUUCAUGUGGCCCUUAGUCAUUGGAGACACUCGUGAACGUCCAUGCGUGUGUGAGAGUUUCCACAGGGGCUGCGUCCCACUCAUUCCCCAGUUCCCAUUGCCAGAGGAAGAUGCUGCUUGUCCUCCAAGCAGCUUGACAAAAACCAACUAGAAGGCCUCACGUGGCGUGGGGUGGGUCACGCAGGUCCAGUCACAUGCCCUGCAUCAGCUGCCAAGGAAAAGCCUCGAGCUCUGGUAACUCUGAUUUGCCGGGCUGCUUUCCAGUUUGCCAGACACUUUCCCAAAUGUCAUCACAACCAGUGAGGAGGUGUAUCACUUCCAUUUUAGAGAUGGGAGACUGAAGUCCAAAGUACUUGAAAGUGCCAGAAGUCGGGCUUGGGUCCAAGUCCAUGGCCCUUUCCUUGGUAUUUAACAAAUACUCAGGGAGUGUCUGUAGGCGCAGUGUGUAAGGGGCCCCACUAAGGUCUGGGACGUCUAGGGGCUGGAGCUUCGGUGGAGCAGGACCAGGCGUGGCCAGAUGUUUACUGAGAGCCCAUUAGAUGCCUCGCACCUGCUAGGCGCCCAGGAUGCAGAAAGGAGGAAGCUUGCCUAGCCCAGUGGGAGACUCAGACAUGGAAGGAGACUUGGGGUGGGGAGUUGUCCAACAGGGGAGCAGCAGAUCCUGUGGGAGCUGAGCAGAGGGAUACCCAGCUCCAUCUAGGUGGUCAGCACAGCCACCUGGCAGAGGGGAGGUGACUGAACGGAGUCUUAAGGCCUGGCUGGAGGUGAGACCAGAGGGAAAUCAUGCUGGGAGAGUGGCGGGGGGGCAACCUCUGGAGCGGACGUACUCCAGCCUCCUGCAGGGGAGACAACCUCUGGCUCCCAGGAACAAGGCUGCCUCAGUAGGUCCAACUCCCUUAAAUUGUCUCCCUUGGAGGCUGUUUGCCAGAGAACAGCCCUCAGAAGCAAGAGGGUCAUCCUCUGCUCCACCAACCUCUCAUGCCAUGCUUACUGUGGGCAAAGUUUGCAGCCUUUGGCUCUCUUGACUGCCAGGACCCCACCUUCACGUGCUUUUCCUCCGCAUCACUGGCUCCUCCUCACCAGAGGGGCCCCAGGUCUCCGUCCUCCGUCCUCUCAUCUCUGCACACAUCCCUCAGAGAUUUAUGUCAUCCAGGCUCUUGGCUUUAAAUUCCACCUACAUAACCUGCUGAAGUGUCCCAAACAAAUCCCUCCAGACCCCCGUCCUGAAUUCUAGACUCCCAUAUCCGACUUCCUGCUCCUCUCUCUGUCUGGGUUCCCAACACACAUGUCAGCAAAUUCCUGAUUUCUCAUCAGCAGUCCCAAGUCAGCUUUUUGUGGUGGUCCCCAUCUUAAAGAGCAUCUUGAUUCUUUCAGUUGCUCCCGCCAAAAACCUUGGACUCAUCCCUGAUUCCCCUUUUGCAGCGCUUUUCCACUUCUGACCCUUAAGUGAUUCCUUGACUCGACCUUCAAAAUCCACUUCCCUCUGUUGCCUCAGCCCAGCCCCCAGCCUCUCACAUGGAUGCUGCUGCAGCCUCUUCAUGGGUAGUCCUUUGUCCACAUAGCUGCCCAAGGGGUCCUGGUAAAACCUGUAGGAUCAUGUCCCUCACAUUCUCCCACUUCACUCAUGGAAAAGUCAGAGUCCCCACUGGGACCCACAAGGGCCUGCAAGAACCACUCCACCUCUUUCACCUUUCUGCCCUUGUGAGAGGUCAUGCUGCCCUUGCCCACUCCACUGCAUCCUCACUGGUCUCCAGCUUCCUCAGGCAUGCCAGAAGAGCCCUGCCUCAGGGCCUUUGAACUUGCUAUUCCCACUUCUUCUAGGUACCAUGUCUCAUAUGGUAGGCAAUAAUGGGCUGCCCAAAGAUGUCCAUAUCCUAAUCCCCAGAACCUGUAACCCUGUUACCUUUCACGGCAAAGUGACUUUGUAGAUGUGAUUAAGGAUCUUGAGAUGGGAAGAUUAUUCUGGAUGGUUGAGGUGGGCCCUAUGUCAUCACAAACAGCCUUAUAAGGAGAAGAGGGAGGGAGGAAAGUCAAAGAGAAGGCUAUGUGAUGACAGAAGAAGGUAGAAUAAUGUGGGAUCACAAACCAAGGAAGGUGGGGCCUCUAGAAGCCAGAAAAGGCAAGAGGAUAGAUUCUCCCCUGGAGCCCCCAGAAGGAACACAGCUCUGCUAACACCUAGAUUUCAGCCCUGUGAGCCCCAUUUUGGACUCCUGACCUCAAGAACUGUAAAGAAUGACGUUUGUGUUGUGUAAGCCACGAGGUUUGUUAGAACGGCUGUAGGAAAUGGAUACACCUCACUUCCCUCGGGUCAUCACAGAGGGAAGCCUUCUCCAGCCAACCAGUUUCAAAUCUCCCCCAAACUUCCUGUCCCUCAUCACUUAUUUUUCUCUCCUUAGCUUACAUAUUACCAGCUAACAUACUAGGUAUUACACUUCGUCUAUUGUCUUAUACCCCAAUUGGAAUGUGAGCACCAAGAAGAAAGGAACUUUAUUGUUUUCCUUGCUCCUAGUUGAAUCCCCAGGGCCUAGAAGAGUGCUGGGCGCAUAGUAGGUACUCAAUAAAUAUUUAUUUAUUGGGUGUGUAGUAUAGUAGGGGAAGGUGGCCUGCCCUGACAAUACAACUUAGUGAAUAAACAUGACACCUGCCCAGAUAGUUUACAUGAAUGAAUUUGUCCUAUCCUCAGAGCAACCCCAUGAGGUUGGUAACAUUAUCAUCCCCAUUUUACAGAUGAGGGUAUGGAGGUGCCUGGGAUUGUACUCAGGCAGCCUGACUCCAGUGCCUGCCCUCUGAGCCAUGAUGCUGUUUCCUCCCUUUCUGCCCUGGAAUUCUCAUGGGGGUUUCUCUGGGGGAGAAAAGAUUGGGCCCAGGUGCUGGAGGCUUCACUAUCCAAAGGACUAAAUCACUAAUGGCAAAAUUAUGCUCAUCAAUGAGGAAGAGACUCUAGGGUGAAGAGUUGUUGCUGUUUUAAUCUUACUGAGGUAAAAUUCACAUAACAUAAAAUUAGCCAUUUUAAAAUGUACAACUCAGUGGCAUUGAUUACAUUUACCAUGGCACCUGGGUGGCUCAGUCGGUUAAGCAUCUGACUCUUGGUUUCAGCUCAGGUCAUGCAUGAUCUCUGGGUCCUGAGAUUGAGCCCAGUGUCAGGCUCCAGUCCAUCUCCCUCUGCCCCUCCCCAGCUCAAGCUUGUGCGCACAUGCUCUCUCUCAAAUAAAUGAAUAAAUAAAAUCUUAAAAAAAAAUUAAUGAAAAAGAAUAAGUUUAUGAUGUGCAACGCCCACCUCCAUCUAGUUCCAAAUCAUUUUUGUCACCCCAAAAGAAAACCUCAUACCCGUUUAACAGUUUCUCCCCAUUCACCUUUCCGCCAGCCCCUGGCAACCACCAGUCGGCUCUCUGUAGGUGUGAGGUACCCAUUCUGGAUAUUUCAUACAAACGGAACCACACAGGGGCGCCUGGGUGACUCAGUCGUUAAGCGUCUGCCUUCAGCUCAGGUCAUGAUCCCAGGGUCCUGGGAUCGAGCCCCACAUCGGGCUCCCUGCUCCAUGGGAAGCCUGCUUCUCCCUCUCCCACUCCCCCUGCUUGUGUUCCCUCUCUCCCGUGUCUCUGUCAAAUAAUCUUAAAAAAAAAAAAAAAAUUAAACAAAUGGAACCACACAGUUUGUGACCUUUGUAUGUCUGGUUUCUUUCUCUUAGUAUGAGUUUCUGAGGUUCUUCCAUGUUGUAGCAAAGUGUAGCAUUCAUCCUCUUUAGGGCUAAAUGCUAUCCCAUUGUGCGCAUGCGUGUGGAGAUGUAGCUGUGUGGUGUUAUCAAAGGAAUUUACAUCUCUGAUUUUCAGAGUCCACCAAAUGGAGCUCAUACAAUAACCUUGUAGGGCAAUUGUAAAAAUUAGGCAUGCCGGGCACCUGGGUGGCUCAGUCGGUUAAACGUCUGUCUUCGACUCAGGUCAUGAUCUCAGGGUCCUGGCAUUGAGCCCCACAUCGGGCUGCCUGCUCAGUGGGGAGUCUGCAUCUCCCUCUGCCCCUGUCCCUACUCAUGCACGCACGGCGCGGGCAUGCUCUCUCUCAAAAAAAACCCCAAAAAAACCUUAAAAAAAAUUAGACAUACUGGGGGAACCUGGCUAGCUCAGUCAGUGGAGCAUACAACUCUUGAUCUCGGGGUUGUGAGUUCGAGCUCCACACUGGAUGUAGAGAUUACUUAAAAA